AUGAACAAAACCGCUGAAGAGCUUGACAGUAGAAAUUGUGCUUCGGAAAGUCUCACCAAUGCAUUAAUCUCUAUUACUAUGAAAUUCAACUUUAUAUUCAUUAUAACAGUAGUUCUAAUCAGUUACUGUUUUACUUGGCUAGCAAUUCAAGCUCUUUGGAAGCAUAAUAUAUUCUCAAAUUCAACGCGGCUAAUUUUAAUUGUGUGUUUGCUGAAUUCAGUCGUCCACCAGACAACGAUGCUGGAGACGCGGAUUACUCAGGCAUACCGGAGCGUCGUGUAUGACUCAGAACCUUGUAAACUACUGUUUCGCUCAUCAGAUUGUGUUUUUGAACUAUACUUAUACUACCCCACAGGCUAUUUCUCCACUUAUUCAGUUUUCUCACUCACUUUUGAUAGGUUAAUAUCCCACUAUAAAUCGAGAUACUACCACAUGCAUCAAUACUUUAUCGCAACGUCACUGCUAGUCCUUCAGCUUCUUCUCACCAUGUUUUCAUUUUACAUUGUAUUCUACGGAGUCUCGUUAGCUGGUUAUGUACCAAUGUGCAAUUUUCGUCCGGAACUGACAGUGUACUACGGCGCAAUUAACAAUGUGCGCACUGGAGUCAUGGUUUCUUGUAUUAUUGUUACUAUGUUUGUGUACUACGUUUGCGUGAAGUCAGAGAAACAAAUCCAAAAGUGCAGCUAUUCUCCUGGAGAGCGAUAUUCCGCAUAUGAAAAUGUUACAACAUCCCAAUCAAUAUGUAUAUCAAUUGUUCUCCAGUUCUCAUGCAUCAUGAUAUCUUCAUUUGGAUCCAAUUUGCUUAUACAUAUCACAAGCAAAACAACUGUGUCAGAGGAGGUUUUUUACGCAAUUGUUUCAUUUCUUCCGGGAGUAACCUACGCGAAUCUAUGCCUUCCGCUUGUUAUCUACUUCAAAACAAAGUUGACAACUCGAAAUAGGAAAAAUCGAAUUGCGGUGAUGACUUCAAUGUACGGAGAUGCCGGAGAGCAUAUUGAUCGGCUCAAAAGGAGCUGGGAAUAA